AUGAGUAAAAUCCACAAGUUUUUCAAGGGCGGAGGAGGCUUCUCCAAGGGGAAAGGCAAAGGGGGGCCCACACCCCAGGAGGCUUUGGCCCGGCUGCGGGAGACGGAGGAGAUGCUGACCAAGAAGCAGGAAUAUCUGGAGGCCAGGAUAGCAAAGGAGUUGGCGCUGGCGAAGAGGCACGGUACCCGAGACAAGCGAGCUGCACUGCAGGCACUGAAGAGGAAAAAGAGAUACGAGAAACAGUUGGGCCAAAUUGAUGGGACGCUUUCCACCAUUGAAUUCCAGCGAGAAGCGCUUGAAAACUCCUACACCAACACAGAAGUGUUCAAGAACAUGGGCUAUGCUGCCCAAGCUAUGAAAAAAGUACAUGAAAAUAUGGACUUGGACAAAAUCGAUGACAUGAUGCAAGAUAUCACUGAACAGCAAGAUAUUGCCCAGGAAAUCACGGAAGCUCUUACGAGAAAAGUCAGUGAUGACUUCGAUGAGGAUGAGCUGCUGGCAGAAUUGGAGGAACUGGAGCAAGAAGAACUCAAUAAUAAAAUGACAAAUGUCCGAUUACCAAGCGUGCCAGCUACAACACUGCCUUCCCGUCCUGCAUCUUCAAAGAAGAGGGUGGAAGAUGAUGAUGGCAUGCAGCAUCUGGCAGCCUGGGCUUCUUAACACCAACUUACUGCUAUUGCUACAGACGUUCAUGAAAUGUGUUUAUGUUGUAUAUACAGAGCGGGAUUGUGUUUGAUAUAGGCCAAGAUUGGUCGCUGAUGGGAUUUUGUAAGAGUAGGUGUACAUGUUUUUAAUUUCUUUUUUUAAAGAGUCCACAUCACUCAAGACUUGUUGUUAAAAUUAUCUUUCUCCUUCAGGUGUAGCCUUAUCUGACUUUCAUUUUUUAUACUGAAGGAAACAGGUGACACUUUUCUAUUACAGGUAAAAAUUGGAUAGUCAUUUCUACACAGAAGUAUCCUGUGACACUGUAGGUGUGUGUGUCUUUGUAGGCACACAUGUAUAUAUCCUAAAUGAAUUGAAUUCAGUACUGUAAAAGCAAGCAGAUUUGAGAGCUGGUUCAUGCAGUUCUCCUAGGCUGUUGCUUUUCCCCUGGGUCCAUAAAAGCCUUUGCUCAGAACAUGCUCAAGUUGCAAAACCUGUUUGCUGCAGAGGAUAGGUUCUGGUAGAGAGAGCUAGAAUUAAGUGAAAUCCCUUUUUCUGGUGGUUUUCAAAAUAAGUUUGGAGUGGUUAGAAUAUGUGGUCUAUUAUGUGGUCCCACUACAACUGUGUUUAUCCAAACCCUGCAACAAUUUUGCACUGCUCAAUUUUUCUGCUUUAGAUGUGUGUCCCCCUUCCACACAACUACUUGCUUGCUCCGGGUCCUAUAAGGAAGAAUGAAGACUCCUGUGGUACCUUAAAGACUAAGGCAGUUUCUACACAAGGCAUUUAUCAUGCACUCAUGAUUGGUCACUCACGGAAGCUCAUUGGUCCUAUACACAACCUCAUCAACCUCCAGGACACCACCGGCUCUUUGCAGCCUUUAUAGUAUUGUUGCCCCCUUGACGUUGAAAAUCUGGCAUUUUCCAUCCUCCCACAAUGAAAUCCUUUGUCUACCCCUCAGUCUUCCCCCAACGACGAUUGAGGGGAGACAUGAUAGCUCUCUUCAAGUACUUGAAAGGAUGUCACACAGAGGAGGGCCAGGAUCUCUUCUCGAUCAUUCCAGAGUGUAGGACACAGAAUAAUGGGCUCAAGUUACAGGAAGCCAGAUUCCGGUUAGACAUCAGGAAAAACUUCCUGAGCAGUACGACAAUGGAACCAGUUACCUGGGGACGUUGUGGGCUCUCCCACACUAGAGGCAGCUGGACAGCCAUCUGACAGGUAGGUUUUAAUGUGGAUUCCUGAACUGAGCAGGGGGUUGGACUCGAUGGCCUUAUAGGCCCCUUCCAACUCUACUGUUCUAUGAAUUGUGUUAACUCUGUGGUAUACUGACUAAAUGGUGGUUUAUUGCAAGUAAUACAACAGUGCAUAGAACUUGCCGAGGGAGAAGGAGAAAACUGCAUGGAAAGGAGCCAAUCUCAUCCCACAAAGAAUCCAGAUACAGAAGCCCUGAUAAAGUUGCGGGACUUUUGCCUUGUGUAGAAAUGCUCUAAGAGCCCAAUUCUGAUUUGUAGAUCUGUUAGCCGGAAGGGGUUUGGGUGGGGCAGAAGCACUCCUCUCCUUGCAGAGAGAAGCUCCACCAGCAAGGGCAGGGAGCAUCCACCACUGAGAGCCCCAGUACACCCACAGAAAGUUCCACAAGCGUAGAUUGCCUACUGGUGUUUCCAUGAAACAAGGCAUCCUGGGGCAGGUCAGAAGAGGCCUUUGAUCCACUGGAUCUGAAGCCCAUCUCUUCCACAGAGAGGCUGUAAGAUUGGAUUCAUUAACCAUAACAGCCUGGAUAUAGAGUACUUAAGUUCUUCCAAUUUGGAGAAAUUCAAAACACAGAUCUGUCAGGCCUCUUUUGGGCAAAUGCCCCCCCCCCUUGCACUGGCCAGAAGGAGGUCUUUGGAAACGGCAGAUUGUCCUCCGCUUGACUCCUCUGCCCCACCACUUAAGACUGCUUAGUAACACACCUACUGUGUCAAGAGCUCUGUUCAUCCCUGUAUAUGGAAAGAUAACUGCGGCAUAGCCUAGUGUACAUAAGCCGUGAAGCACGAAACCAGCCUUCCUGAGACUGGCACCCUCCAGCUGUGUUGGGAUUGCUAUAAUAGUCCCACAGAGGCUGGGGCAGGUUACAUCAUGCGAUUCAGAAUUCUGGAUACAAUUUGGCAUGUUGAAAGCGAGUGGCAAAACUUUCCCUGACUCUCAUAGGAAUUAGAUUAGCUCCAUUUUAAUAAAGGUGGCUAGGGAAUGGGAUGAGUAUGUUUGGUUCAGUGACCAACCAAUUUAUAAAUGAUUUUAUCAAAUCAUUUUAAAGAAGAAGGUCACAAUCCAGUAAAUCAAAGGCUUUAAGCAGAGCUAACAAUAUGCUGGAUCAUGGCUAGAGAGUGGAUGAGAAUAAUCUGUUCUUUUCUUCCCCUUGCUUAGCUUUCUGUAAAAUUACAUCUUCCAUAUUGAGGCUUUAUAUUGCCACGCCUGUUGUCAAAUGGAGAAUCUUAAUAGCUUUUUAAGGUUGUGGCUUUUGAAAUGUCCUCCUUCCAUUUGUUCAAUUUCUUUCCUUUUGUUCUGUCUGAAUGAAGCACUUUUCUCUUUAAAUAUUUAGUUACAGAAAAUUGGAAUAAUUUAUAUGACUUUAUGUACCUUAUUUCAAACCUGAUCAUUUUUUUGCCUUGGGGAAAUAGAACUGGUUAUAUACAGAGAAAUUUCAGAUGUAUGGAAAUUGGAGGCAAAUAAAAAAUAUAUAUUGAUGUGAAAA